GUUUUUUCAGCCAUGAAACUCGGCAAGGCGCGCCCGGCCAAGGAUGAGCAUCGGAAACAAGACGAACCGGCCGUGCUGGAGCCGGAGGACCUGGACAGGAGGGCGCUGAGGGGCGGGACGGGGCUGGAGCCGGACACGGUCUCGCUGGCCUCUGUCACCGCUGUCACCACCAAUGUGUCCAACAAGAGGUCCAAGCCCGACAUCAAGAUGGAGCCCAGCGCUGGCAGGCCCAUGGACUACCAGGUCAGCGUGACCGUCAUCGAGGCCCGGCAGCUCGUGGGGCUCAACAUGGACCCCGUGGUGUGCGUGGAGGUGGGCGAGGAGAAGAAGUUCACGUCCAUGAAGGAGUCCACCAACUGCCCCUACUACAACGAGUACUUUGUCUUCGACUUCCACGUCCCCCCCGACGUCAUGUUCGACAAGAUCAUCAAGCUGUCCGGCAAGACCUCCAUCCAGAAGAGCAGCUACGAGCCCCUGUGGAACGAGCAGAUCGUGUUCACCGAGAUGUUCCCCCCCCUGUGCAAGAGGAUCAAGGUCCAGAUCCGGGACUCGGACAAGGUCAACGACGUGGCCAUCGGGACCCACUUCAUCGACCUGAGGAAGAUCUCCAACGAAGGGGACAAGGGCUUCCUGCCCACCUUCGGCCCCGCCUGGGUGAACAUGUACGGCUCCACCCGCAACUACACCCUGAUGGACGAGCACCAGGAGCUCAACGAGGGGCUGGGGGAAGGCGUCUCCUUCCGCGCCCGGCUCCUGCUGGGCCUCGCCGUGGAGAUCCUGGACACCACCAACCCCGAGAUCAAUGGCUCCACCGAGGUGCAGGUGGAACAGGCCACGGCCGUGGCCGAGAACUGCACCGGGAAGAUGGAGGAAUUCUUCCUCUUCGGGGCCUUCCUGGAGGCCACCAUGAUCGACAGGAGGGUCGGGGACAAGCCCAUCAGCUUCGAGGUCACCAUAGGUAACUAUGGCAACCAGGUGGAUGGAGUAGAGAAGCCCGUGCGGAGGAGGAGGAAGGAGGGAGGGGACGAGGAGGAGUCGGAGCUGCUGCAGAAUUCCAGCGAGGAGGAGGGGGAUGAGGACGGAGAGCUGGUCUCGGUCUCCUCCUCCCCACCCAUGAAGCCCCUGGUCACUGACAGGUCCGUGAACCCCCCCGAACAUUCCCGGGGCAUUGGAGAAAGAGGGAAUUCUCCUCCCGGGAUACCCUGCACAGGAACGUCCUUCAUCCCCACCCAGACGGGCCCCCGAACUCCGGGCUCUGGGAUCCCUUCGGGGAUCUCCCCCUCGGAGGAAGGGCUCAACGACGUGCAGGAGAUGAUCAAGACGGAGAAGCCGCACCCGGAGCGGCGGCUCCGAGGGGUCCUGGAGGAGCUGAGCGGGGGCUGCCAGCGCUUCGUGGCUUUGGCUGACCGGGAGGGUCUGUCGCAGCAGGCUCGGGCGCUGCGGCAGCAGGUGAAGCGCCACUCGCUGCGGGAGAAGCUGAAGCUGGCGCACAACUUCCUGCACAGGCUGCGCUUCCUGGCCGACGAG